CUACCUGGAGCUAUCUGCAGCAGCUAACAUCUACCUGGAAUUAUCUGCAGCAGCUAACAUCUACCCUGAGCUAUCUCACCAACCACAGCUUUCAGUAUGCCACCAAAGAAGGUGCAGAUGGACAGCAAAGAAGGAAAACCAGAGGAGGAUCUGGUCUCUCUUGCUCAGGUAACAGAGUUACUAAAUCAGCAGAAAGACAUGUUUACUGCACUCUUACAGCAGCAACAGGAGAACUUCAGAGGCUUUGUUAAAAUGAUUAUGGAUUCCACUAACACAAGGCUGGAUGCCAUUACAAGGGAGGUUCAGGAAAUCAGGUCUAGCAUUCAAUUUACUCAAAAGGAUACAGAUGACAUGAAAACUCAAAAUGUGAAACAGUCUGUACACUGUAAGUCUAUGCAAGCUGACAUCUUGAGAAAUAGUGACGGCCUGUCAGCUGUCACUGACAAAAUGGAAUAUGCAGAAGGACAAUCGAGAAGGAGCAACGUGGUUCUUGACGGCAUCGGUGAGGAGCCUGGGGAGACCUGGGCGCAAACUGAGGAAAAGGUGAAAGACAUUCUUGUGGACAAACUCCAGCUUCAACGAGGCAUUGAGAUUGAGCGAGCUCACCGCACUGGGAAGCCAGCCGCUAACAAUACCAGACCCAGACCCAUAGUAGUGAAGUUCCUGAGGUUCAAGGACAGAUCAGCGGUUUUGGAGAGAGCCAAAAAUCUAAGAGGGACGAACAUCUACAUUAAUGAAGAUUACACUGAAGCAGUCAGAAUGAAAAGGAAAGAGCUACUCCCUAAAUUGUGGGAAGCGCGGGAGAGGGGAGAGAUUGCCUUCCUGAGGCAUGACAAGCUGAUAAUCCGCCCCCCACAGCACUCCAGAACCUAAUUGUAUCACUGGACUUUUAAGGUAUAUCUGAUAUGAACUAAUUAUGAACACAUGACAAUAAUGUCACAUUCUGUUAAUCUGCCAAAGAAGGGAAUGUUACUUGCUCACUUGAAUG